AUGGUUCUGCCCGGUUGGAGGAUUGGCAACAACAGCAAGAAAAAGAAGAAAACCAACCCGGUGUGCCAGGGGGGCUGGGGCUGGCCAAGAGGAGGCUGUGCUUUGCCGCAUCCCCUCCCUGAUGACUCCGAGCACGAGGCCCCAGCCCCUCAGAGCCAUGUGCUGUAACUUGGUUUGAACGAGGAAACCGCAGAAAAGCAGAUGGAACCAGCUCAGCAUCCUCUCACACUCCCUGUGCAGCACACAACGCACACUGUGCUCCUGGCUGAUGCCCAGGAGAGCAGGAGGAUGCGGGUACGGCCAGGCUGGGGUUGGCUCCUUCUCCCAGUUUGCCAGGCUCUGGUUGUGCCCAGGGAGGUGAGCGGCCAAGAGGGGGAGACGCUUUCCGUGCGCUGUUGGUACUCGAGGGGCUACGAGGGCUACAACAAGUAUUGGUGCCGCGGGGCUGCACGGGGCUCCUGCCACAAAGUGGUGGAGACUGCAGGACGAGACGUGCCACGCCAGCACGGCCGCGUCUCCAUCACAGACAACCACAUCUUCUGCGUGGUGCUGCUCACGGUGCAGGAGCUCUCCAUGGAGGACGCUGGGAGCUACUGGUGUGGGGUGGAGCGGGCAGGCUGGGACAUCAUGGAGCCGGUCACUGUGAGGGUGACACCGGCUCCCAGCCCUGAGCCCUGGAUCUCCAACACCACAAUGGAGUUCCCCCAUGACACGAAUAUCACUGCCACAGGUGCAGGGCUGCAGAAGGAAAACACCCACCUUCAGAAGGGUCGGCAACAGCCCCCCUCCUCUCCUCCCAGCCUCUCUGGGCCAUCCCUGCAGGUCCUGCUGCCCCCCGUGGUGCUGCUGAUCCUCCUGGCUAUGGCUGGCUCUGCUGGGCUCAUCCAUGUCCUGCAGAAAAGGAGGAGGAGGAAGGAAGCUCUGCAGAAACCCCAGGGAGCAGCAGGAAUCACCCAGCUGUGCUCAACGUCACAGCAGCACCUUCAGGAUACCAGGGACACACCACCACCUCGCUCCAAAGGCCCCGCAGCCCCCAAACAGCCGUACCCUACUGCAGAGCUGGACAACACCUAUGACAAUGAGCUGUACCUGAGGAAGGGCACCCACAUUGACAGCAGUGACACAGAGGAGCAGCACAGUGAGCCCGGGGAUGAUAGAGUUUACAUCAACAGCUGAUGCUCAGAGAGAAGAGGAUUCCCUGCAGUCCUGAUGGGGAGUCACUUGUGGGCAUCGCUUCGGGCUUUGCUCUGUGCCGGGAGCAGCGGUCCCUUCCCCUGUCCUUACUGCAGUCUUAGCAGCCACUGGGCUCUGACCCUGCUGCACCCCAGCUUCCCUCCUCUGCUUUGCUGCCGUGGAUUGAGUGGUGCACCCAGGAUGGGAGGAGACCAGAUCCCCGUUCCUUUGGAUGCUGAUGCACGGGGUGUUCUCCUGGCUCAUCAGCAUGCAGGUUCCUUCAGGUGUAUGUAAACAGCAAUAAAGAAAUACCCUACAGAGCUCAGUGCAGAGGACAUGGGGCAAUCCGGUGCCUCUGCCUGCAGGAUCCUGCAGGUGAAACAAGGACCACAGGACACACUGAUGGAGCUGGGGCCGUGUCAGUGAGUGGUUGGGAUGAGCAGGGAAAGGGGAAUGGAAACUGCAGAGGGAGAAAGGGAAGCCAGAGUGAACGGGGAUGGGGCGGCAGAUGAGGUUUCACUGCUUCCCCAUGAGGUUUAUCAGCAAAAGCAUGCUGGCAGUUUCCAGCCACAUCUUGUACUUAGAACAUUCUGCUACAUACAGUGACCUGAGGCCACAAGGGUGGGAGCAGUUCACAGCCACUACCCCAGGUUCCUGGGAACAGGGGCAGGAGCAAAAUGCAGAACUUCCUCCUUCUGUGCUGGUGAGUGGCGUGGGAGGGCAUGGGGAAGAUGGGCAGGAUGGGAAGGAGCUGCCCCGAGGUCUUCUCAGGGGCACUGAGGAGGAAAGCCAAGGGGAAGGUCACAGCCACAGCCGUGCUGUGUGCAGACUGUUCGGGUUCUGAAAUUUUGCUGGAAACAUGUAGAGAGAAAAACAAUGUCACCCAGAAACCUCAUUUGUGCCAAAAGAAGAACCUUCCUGGGGCAGCAGGCACUUCUGCUUGAUGAACCAAACAAAGGCAGCGCGCUCACUGUGCCAGCAGUGAAGGACCUGUGUGGGGGUUUGGGCCGAGUCGG